GUGGGAAUGGCGACAUGGUGAAAGAACAGGUAAAGUUACAAUUGGAAGCACAGCGAGCAAGCUUCCUCGUGAGCCAACCGGGGGAAAAGGCGGACGAGGCGCAUCUGCUCCAGAGGAUGCCGAAGUCAUUGGACGGCUUCGUUUAUGAGUUCGAUACAUACCAUCUCAACAAGGAGGGUGUGCUUGAGCCGGAUAAUGGACGUGGCCACGGAGGUGACCGUCGCGGACCGGCAUAUCAAGCACUAAACAAUGCUGUUGCAAGAGGAGAUCAUGAUAUGAGUGGCAACGGAGGAUCACCCGUUACGGAUUCGCCACCCGUGGGAUGUGAGACUGCUGUGGCGGAGUUUGCCCCGGUGGACGAUGAGGGGCAUGUGGAAGAGGGGAGAGAGUUGGGAGAGGGGGAUGGCCCCGUUGAUGAUGGGCAAGAGGAGGGGGAAGGUGCUGGAAGGGCAUCCGUGCCAGAUCGCCCGAGCGAUGGGGCAACUGCAUCUACUCCUGCAAUCCGGCCCCAACCUGAUGGGUAA